AUGGCCACUUUUGAUUUUGACGCGAUUGUUGUGGGGGCCGGGUUUGGUGGUAUCUAUAUGUGCAAGAAGCUUGUGGAUCAAGGCUUGUCUGUCAAAGUGAUAGAAGCAGCCCCAGAUGUUGGAGGAACUUGGUAUUGGAAUAGGUAUCCCGGUGCAAUGUCAGACACACGGUCAUUUCUCUACCGUUACUCUUGGGAUCUGGAGGAUCUGCGUGAGUAUCCCUGGGGUCGAGAAUAUCUGAAGCAACCGGAAGUUCUGGCUUAUCUCCAGCAUGUGGUCAAGCGACACGACUUGCGACAGUAUAUGCAAUUCAACACCGAAAUGGUGGCUUCCUCUUGGAGUAAAGAGCAAGCUCACUGGACAGUUUCGUUAGCAACAGGAAAGAAGCUCACUAGUCGCUAUCUUGUUACCGCUCUUGGGCUACUUUCCAAGCAGAAUUACCCGAACAUCCCCGGUUUACAUUCCUUCCAGGGUGAAAUGUAUCAUUCGGGUAGUUGGCCUGCAUCUCAUGAUUUCAAGAAAAAGAGAGUUGGCGUCAUCGGAAAUGGAUCUACCGGCGUUCAGAUAAUUACGGCAUUAGCGGAUGAAGUGGACCAACUGGUCUCGUUUCAGCGACACCCGCAAUUUGUUGUACCGGCUGCCGAUAAAGAGGUCUCAACUGAGGCGCGAGAAAGCAUUGAAUGGGAGAAAGUUUGGACCGAAGCAAAAAACAGCAUGUUUGCUUUUGGGUUCAAGGAGAGCGAUGUGCCUACAUUCAGUGUCAGCCCCGAGGAACGCGAACAGAUAUUCGAAGAAGCUUGGAAAAAAGGCAGUGGCUUCUACUUCAUGUUUGGCACAUUCUGCGACAUCUCAUACAACGAAGAUGCCAACAAAGAAGCGCAAAAUUUCAUUAGGAGGAAGAUUCGCGAAAAGGUCAAUGACCCGGUGAAAGCCGAGAAACUCAUGCCCAAGGACUGGUUCGCACGUCGGCCUCUGUGUGAUACUGGUUACUAUGAAAAGUUCAACAAGUCCAGUGUGGAUAUCGUUGAUAUUCAAGCGGACCCAAUAGCUGAGAUCACUCCUACUGGCAUCCGUACCCAAGGGAGAGAAUGGGAGCUCGACGCUCUUGUUUUUGCAACUGGUUUUGAUGCAGUGGAUGGCAAUUACAAAAGGAUGUCAAUCCGAGGUCUGAAGGAGAAGAGCCUCGCAGACUCUUGGAGUGAAGGACCCGAGUCCUAUCUCGGGGUGUCGGUUCCUGACUUCCCAAACCUCUUCAUGAUUCUAGGACCCAAUGGCCCAUUCACCAACUUGCCUCCUACAAUUGAAACUCAAGUGGAAUUCAUUUCUACCCUCAUCUUCAAAGCCAACAAUUCUGCGUCAGUGGGAACGAAGCAUCCUAUGGUUGAGGCCGAGCCCACCGCGGUCGAAGAUUGGAGCAAGAUAUGCGAUGAAUUGAGCGCCAACAGUCUGUUUAGGAAAACCGAUUCUUGGAUCUUCGGUGCGAAUGUUGCUGGCAAGAAGCCGUCGGUGCUAUUUUACUUUGGCGGGUUGAAAAACUAUAGGGAUGUGCUGGAGGAAGUCGUGCGGAGUGGCAACAAAGGAUUCAAACCAUUUUGA